AUGCUCAAACAACACAGGGAGCUAAGCAUGUUCGUGCGUCACACCAUCGAAACCAAUGAGCAAGCCAGAAUCAGAUCGAGCAAAACUUACCAAUCAUUCGUAACAGCAGCCGACAGUCACCGGGAACUAAGUUUUAUAGAAAAAGACGUGCGGAAUUACAUUACAAGGGAAGUAAGAAAUGUUUCCGAACAAGACGAUGCCCAAGAAUUCGGAAAGUACCUAUUAAGAAUGAAAGAAAAGAACCAAAAUUUCUUUUUCGAGCUCAACCUCGAAGGCGAUCACUCCAUCAAAAAUGCAUUCUGGGCCGACGCAAGAAGUAGGGCUGCAUGCAAGUAUUUCGGAGUCGUUGUUUCAUUCGACACCACCUACAACACAAACAGGUAUUCAGUACAAUCUGGUUAUUGGUUCUUUUGUGGGCGUGAAUCACCACGGUUAGUCGACACUUCUCGGAUGCGCCCUGAUGAAAAACGAGAACAUCCAAUCAUUCAAAUGGCUAUUCAAAUGUUGGCUCUGUUGCAUGGGAGGGAAGGCACCAAAAGGCAUUCUCACCGACCAAUGCGCAUCGAUGCAAAGGGCCAUCGAGAUGUGCAUGCCAACAAAAAUUCACCAGUGGUGCAUUUGGCACAUCAUGAAGAAGAUCUCAAACAAACUAAACGGCUACAAGCGACACGAAAAAAUCGAACAAGAGAUGAGCCACAUUGUUUGGAACUCGUUCACAAAAGACGCAUUCAACAGAAAAUAGAACGAUUUCCUCACAAAGUACGGCCUCAGAGGCAACAAGUAGCUCUCAGAUUUCGGUCUAACACAGCUCAUUUGUUCGGUUCAUUCUACAGAGCUGUACGAGGAUCGGUUCAUCACACGCAACAGCUCAUUGAGUCAAUUCGUGAAGCAAUACGACAAUUGCCUAGCAAGCAAAGAGCAAAGAGAGAGAGAGAGAGAGAAUUCGACAUUGCAGAUUUUCACACUGUGAUACCGUGCGCAACAAAAUCAGCAAUAGAGGUACAGUUUCAGCACGUGUAUACCCAUGAGAAGUUCAGGAAAGUUCAAGGACAAUUAAGAGGAAAUGUAAAAUGCAUCACAAGAUUAAAGAAUUCCACCCUAGGUUUCACAACAUACGAAGUAAUGAAGCAAGUUUCCAACUCCACAUUCAAUAAGUUUUUCGUCACCUACGAUGCAGUAUCACGAGAGGUAAAGUGUCAGUGCCUGCUGUUCGAGUCAAGGGGCAUACUGUGCCGCCAUUCCCUGAGCGUCCUAAGCUUCGAACGAGUAGAUAACGUGGCACCCAAAUACAUACUGGAACGCUGGAGUAAAAACAUAAAGAGGAGGCACACUCAUCAAGAGCAUCCAAGACGAGCUUCUACUGGAGCCGAGAAGCAAGAGAUUCGACCAUUUGGUCUUUCGGUCACACAAUAUAUGCAAAUUUGCAUCAGAGUUCGAGGAGCUGACUGA